UUGCCCAAUCCCGCCUCAGACUAAACUAGAAAGAGAAUCCAACGUCCAAUCGGAGAGCCGUAAGACGAAGGGCGGGCACCGAUAGGCGGAGCUCAACGACGCCUUCUUCAGCUCCUGGCGGGGUUCGAGGUGUCUGUCAGGCUGUGAGACAGAAGAGAAGGCAGAGCGUCACUGCCCAGCUCGUACCGUGCUCGCUUUCGUUGCCCGCUGAACCAAUUUCCACACCAUGGCGAAUAACCGAGACCAGGCCAGCAACCAGAUGAGCCACUGGAAGGAGCAGCAGUGCACGCAGAAAACUGAGGCUCUUACCACCGGAGCUGGUAUCCCUGUAGGAGACAAACUUAAUGUUAUAACUGCUGGAUCGCGGGGGCCCCUUCUUGUUCAAGAUGUGGUUUUCACUGAUGAAAUGGCUCACUUUGACCGGGAGAGAAUUCCUGAGCGAGUUGUUCAUGCUAAAGGAGCAGGAGCGUUUGGGUAUUUUGAAGUCACUCAUGACAUCACCAAAUAUUCCAAGGCGAAGGUGUUUGAGUAUGUGGGGAAAAGGACUCCAAUUGCCGUUCGAUUCUCUACCGUGGCUGGAGAGUCCGGAUCAGCCGACACCGUGCGCGACCCUCGAGGCUUUGCCGUGAAAUUCUACACUGAAGAGGGGAACUGGGAUCUCACGGGAAAUAACACCCCCAUCUUCUUCAUCAGGGACCCACUUCUGUUUCCGUCCUUUAUCCAUAGUCAGAAGAGGAACCCUCAAACCCACUUGAAAGAUGCCAACAUGGUUUGGGACUUCUGGAGUCUCCGCCCUGAAUCUUUGCAUCAGGUUACUUUCUUGUUCAGUGACCGAGGGAUUCCGGAUGGUCAUCGUCAUAUGAAUGGAUACGGCUCUCAUACCUUCAAACUGGUGAAUACCAAUGGAGAAGCAGUUUACUGCAAAUUCCAUUAUAAGACGGACCAAGGAAUCAAAAAUCUUUCUGUUGAGGAGGCUGGAAGACUUGCUCAGGAAGAUCCCGAUUAUGGUUUGCGGGACCUCUUCAAUGCCAUCGAGACAGAGAACUUCCCCUCCUGGACAUUUUACAUCCAGGUCAUGACCUUCGAGCAAGCAGAGAAAUUUCCAUUCAAUCCCUUUGACCUCACGAAGGUUUGGCCUCACGCAGACUAUCCUCUUAUGCCCGUUGGGAAGCUGGUCUUAAACAGGAACCCUCGCAACUAUUUUGCAGAGGUGGAACAACUAGCCUUUGACCCAAGUAACAUGCCGCCGGGCAUCGAGCCAAGCCCCGAUAAAAUGCUGCAGGGUCGUCUUUUUGCAUAUCCUGAUACUCACCGCCAUCGUCUAGGACCCAACUAUCUUCACUUACCUGUGAACUGCCCUUACCGAACUCGAGUGAACAACUACCAAAGAGAUGGACCCAUGUGCAUGUAUGACAACCAAGGCGGGGCUCCCAACUACUACCCGAACAGCUUCGGGGCUCCUGAGGAUCAGUGCUGGGCCCUGGAGCACCGCUACCAAACCUCCGGGGAUGUGCAGCGCUACAACAGCGCCGACGAGGACAACGUCACCCAGGUGAGAACAUUCUAUAGAUCGGUGCUGACGGAGGAGGAGCGCCAGCGCCUGUGUGAGAACAUCGCCCAGCACCUGAAGAACGCCCAGCUGUUCAUCCAGAAGAAAGCGGUCAAAAACUUCAGCGAAGUGGACUGCAGCUACGGGCACCGGAUCCAGGAGCUCCUGGAUAAGUACAACGCGGAGGGGGACAGCCAGUGCAUGGUUCAUGGCUACAACCGGGCUGCAUCUUGUUUGACUGCGAAGGAAAAAGCGCAUCUCUGAGCUCCUCCGGCGUCUUCGCUGCUGCUAAAGGCUGAUUUUACAGAUGAAGCUACAAGAGGUUCCUCCUUAGGGUCCGUCACUACCCCACACAGCCCGUGCUUGCCCCAUACCCAGAGAAGGGCCUUGCUUGGUAGAAGUAGUCCCAUUUGCCACAAAUAACCAUGAUCGCCUCUCACGCUUUGGGCCCCACGUCGUGGCGCGGGGCCAAUCAUUUUUCAUGUUUAUGUUGGAAAUGAAGGUUAAUCCGGUGCCUUUAACCGCCUGUCUUUAGUGCUGACAGCUGAUUUCAUGUGACAUGACAAUUACUUAGUGGAUUUAUCCAUUUAUCUGAUAAAAAUGAUCUCCUGAAAUGGAUGUUUUCAUCUCACCUCAUUGCCUCUUAGGCGUGAAGAAAAAAGAUUUUCUGGAUGGAUCAGUGUUUAAAAAAUCACUUUCCUUGUAGGGAAGACAUUUUGUGGGGCCCCUUUGCAGGAAUCUGCCUCCAUCAUGUAGGUCGAGGUCAUUGUUUCUCCUGGGCAAUGGUCGUCUUCCAGGUCUCUUUUUAUCUUCAAAUGAUGUUUCUGUUGAUGCCAUAUUGAUUUUUACAAAUUGAUUUGUAAUCCUAUUUGCAUUUUACAGUAAAAUAAUCUCUAAGCAA